AUAUUGUUGAAUGGCGCAACAAAUCCGCGUCGAUUCUUCUCUGUUCUUGUGCAUAGCAGCGCGAAUUUGACCCUGCUCUUCGGCGCGAUAGUUACAGUCGUCAACAAACAGCAGCCGGCUUCGAAGCAUAAAGCAGUACUUCAAGAUGAUGUCAACGGUCAGCCUUGUGAUUCCGUUUGCUCUCGGCUUGAGCGCCGUUCAAGGUUUAGUGUUUCCAAGUGGGCAACGAAUCUCCGAGCAGAAGUGUUCCCAGUAUCGGGAUGCAACGAUCAAGAAAACGACCCUGAUUACACUGUCCAUCCGGCCGACGUCGAUUGUGUUCGAGGACUACAAGUGUCCGAAUGUGUUGGAACUAAUCGUGGGCGGUGAGGAAGCCCGGAAAGGUGAAUUUCCCCAUCAAGCACUGCUCGGUUAUCCCUCCGAGGAUGAUCCGAGGGAGAUCACGUUCAAAUGUGGCGGAACGCUCAUAAGCGAGAGAUAUGUGCUGUCCGCAGCCCAUUGCUCGAUCGGUGGAAAACCAACGGUCGUAAGGUUGGGUGAAAAUAAUUUACUAGAUAACGAAGACGAUCAGGUUGAUUUCGACGUUGAUGAAUUUAUUCGACAUCCGGAGUAUACGCCCCGCCGGGCGUACCACGAUAUUGCUUUGGUGAAGAUGGCUCAGGAUGUGUUCUUCACCAAGUUGAUUCGACCGGCUUGCCUUUGGACAGGGCGUAGUUUGAAUUUCUCCUCUGCCAUCGCCUCUGGAUUCGGAAGGACAGAGUUUGCUGGUUCCACUUCCGAUGUUCUCAUGAAGGUGCAGCUGGAUGUUCUCGAUAAGUCUGAUUGUAGCGCUCUCACCGCUAGUGGAAAGUUUAACCAAGGAAUUUCCGAUGGUCAAAUGUGCGUUGGAAGCCGAGCAGGUGGUAAGGAUACCUGCCAGGGAGAUUCGGGUGGUCCGCUUGUAACUUUAACCGAUCAGAAGGGAUGUGUAUUCCACCUGUUCGGCAUAACAUCCACCGGGGCUGCAUGUGGAUUCGGAAAAUCACCGUCGAUAUACACCCGAGUGGCAUAUUACAUUGAUUGGAUCGAGGAAAAUGUUUGGGGCUCCGAAUGAGAACCAAUGAAUGGUUUUAUUAAUUUAACCCUUAUAAAAAUAUAUACUCAUUUUAUUGACAAACAUCAUGAAAAAUAAAAUAAUUAGUUAUUACUUACUGUUA